AUGAAGGUGUUCGGCUUCCUUUUCCUGGCUGCUACUGCAGCGUUUGCCCCUGCCAAAGCGCUAACAACCGAUCUCCCAUCGUCUCUGACUGCCUCGGAGCAGAAGACGUGGGAAGCCUUCGUGGACUACGCUCUGGACUAUGAGAAGAGCUAUCGCAACGACGCCAACGACCACGACGUGGUGCAGCUGCGUUUCCGAUCCUUCGCGACCAAUUUGGAGCGCAUCCAGACGCACAACGAGGCCUACGAGCGUGGAGAGCACAGCUUCACGCUGGGACUCAACGAUCUCGCAGAUCUGGCGGACGCCGAGUACAAGCAGCUUCUAAGCUACCGUACCAGAGACUCCAAGUCCUCGAGUGCAUCUGAGACGUUCGUUAAACCUGAGAACGUUGAAGAUCUACCAGCGACUUGGGACUGGCGUGAGCAUAGCACUGUCACACCCGUAAAGAACCAAGGCCAGUGCGGCUCGUGCUGGGCCUUCUCGGCCGUUGCGGCCAUGGAAUGUGCCUACGCUCUGAGCACUGGCACGUUGGAGUCGCUCUCGGAGCAAGAGCUCGUGGACUGCACUCUUAACGGCAUCGAUACCUGCAACCAUGGAGGAGAGAUGAGUGAGGGAUACGAAGAGAUCAUUACCAACCACAAGGGCAAGAUCGACCGCGAGGAGGUUUAUAGGUACACGGCCGAGUCUAAGGGCGUGUGCAACGCCAAGGACGAUAAGGCUAUUGGCCACUUUACCUCGUACGCCAAUGUGACGUCCGGCGAUGAAGCUGCGCUACAGGCGGCCAUUGCCACAAAGGGUGUGCAGGCCGUGGCCAUUGACGCCAGUAGCUUCACGUUCCAACUGUACCGCCACGGCGUGUACAGCUGGCCGCUGUGCGGCAACGCCCCCGACGCGUUGGACCACGGCGUGGCUGCAGCUGGCUAUGGCGUCUACAAGAAGAAGGACUAUUGGCUCGUUAAGAACUCGUGGGGCAACUCGUGGGGCAUGAAGGGCUACAUCAUGAUGAGCCGCAACAAAGACAACCAGUGCGGCAUCGCCACAGAUGCCACGUACCCGAUUAUGACAAAGGAGGAAGUCGUCGAGGACCGUCCUAUUGUUCUGGAGACGACGGAGCUGGCCAGCAUCAUGUAA